CUUGUUAUCAAACGUAAACGUUAACAAUCAUGUCGUUAGACGUCAAUCUAAGUGAGCCUGACGAAUUCAACUGUAUAGAAUUACAUUCAGUCAUAAAAGAAGUCGCGAGAAUUAAAGAUAUAUAUGAUUUUAAUUAUCAUGUCGAUUCUAUCGGUGGAAAAGGUGAAAGUUAUGUCGCAAAUACAUUUAGAGUAGUUAUAAUGGACAGUGACAAUGAUAAUAACAAAGUAACAGUCAUAGUUAAAACUUUAGUGAAUACAGCAAGACAGGAAAUAUUUCAUGAGUUACAUAAACGGGAAGUGAGUGUUUAUAAGCAUAUUAUCCCUGCUUUUAAUAAAAUUCAAGCAGAAAUUGAUAAUAAAGUUGUUUUGCCUGAAUAUGUGUUCUCGUGUGACGAAAAAGGAAAAGAAGUUUUGAUACUUGAUGAUUUGCAGCACGACGGUUGGAUGUCCGAUUUGACGCUUAAAAAAUUCGAAGAAUUAGAUUAUGAUAAAGUAAAAGUAGUCAUAAAUGAACUAGCAAAACUACAUGCAUUGACAUUCAUAUUUGAACGUCAAAACCCCUUAAUAAUUAGUGAAUUAAACAAAAAGUUUGAGGACACAAUAUUUGAGGACAAGUUUUUGAACAAAACGAAAUUGAGAAGUUAUUUUCAAGAUUCUUACGAUGCAUCUUUAACCUUAGUGGAAAAUAGUGAUGCAAAAAAGUCACUCACUGUAAUAAGAUCUAAGUUAUUAGAAAUUUUAAGAGGUUUUACAAAACCUACAAAACGUAAUGUGUUUUGCCAUGGUGACUGUUGGAUAAAUAAUAUGCUGUUCAAAUUUGAGGAAAACAAAGCAACCGAAGUAUGUUUUUUGGACUUCCAAGCGGUUCGGUACGCGAGUCCAGUGACAGACAUAAUAUAUUUCUUAUAUCUAUGUACAACACCCCGAUUUAGAUCUGAAUAUCUUGAAAUAUUGAAAACUGAUUAUUACGAUACGCUAAAAUCUACUUUAAAUCUAUUUAACAUAGAAGUUAGUUCAGCUUACCCUAUAAGAGAGUUUGAAAAUGACUUAGAAGUGGCCAAACAAUAUGGCCUAUUGAUUGCUAUGGUUGAAUUGAAAAUAGUUUUUUUCGUAUCAGAAGAUGAUGUGAUAAAUGAAGCACAUAUAAAUCACGAGCCUGUUCCUAAUAAAGAGCCAGUAGAAGAAAAAAUAUUUAAAAUAAAACUAAACGAUGUUAUUGACGAGGCGAUCGAAAACGGUUCUUUGGAAAAGUUGAGUGAAAGAGUGAAGAAUUGGCAUCUUAUAUGACACAAAUAAUCGAAAUAGUAAUUCGUUAUGGAAUAUUGUAUAUAACUUUGUUGAAAGAAUACAUGAUGUAUUUAAAACUAUUAUGUUAUUUGUAAAGAAGGUGAUAUUUUGUAUUUUAAAUACACGUGUGAUUAAUAAUCUAA